GAAAAAGAGAAUCAGUGGCGGCGGCGGCGCUUCAUCUCCGGCUACAAACAGGAAACUAGUCCGCCUCGCUGAGCGCCCACCUGAGCCAGAAGACCAACGAUAUGACAAGCGUCACCCACUGAGACUUUAUGUGCCUUAAACUACUCCUAUCGUCUCAUUUCUGAAGUUUCUUCGACAAGAACACCGUCAACCCUCUUAAGAUGCAGCGUCUCAUCCACUCUCUAGACAUUCCCAACAUCCCACCGAAUCAAAGGAAAUAAAAAAACACCGGGUAAUAGCAGGUCCUUAUGGUUGAGGUGGCCUGUGGUGCCCUUUGCUAUGCCACCAGCAAUGACCGACCUUCUGGACAUAUGGGCAGAACAUUCGCCCUUGGCUGGCCAUGCUCCGGACCUGGUUUCGGUGGACUUUCUGCUUCCCACCGGUAUUUACAUUCAAAUAGAUGUCCCUCGCGAGGCCACCAUUCAGCACAUCAAAUUGCUCUUAUGGAAGCAGGCUCAGAAGUUCCCAUUGUUUCCAGCCUUGGGCGAAAUGGAGAGUCAUAUGUUCGAGUGCGUCAACCAGACAGCCGUACACGAAGAAUUAGAAGAUGAAACUCGGCGACUCUGUGAUGUCCGCCCUUUCUUACCGGUUCUGAAGUUGGUGACACGCAACUGCGGCCGAGCCGAACGCCUGCUGGAUUCAAAAAUCGGAGUGCUUAUUGGCAAGGGUCUCCAUGAACUCGAUGCCAUAAAUGACCAGGAAGUAAAGGACUUUCGCAGUAAAAUGUCUCGCAUCAGUGAAGACAGGAUGCAUCGGCACCAGAUGAUGACGUGGACCGAGUGGUUGCAAGCCUGCUUCUCCCCUCAGCUUGAGCCAAGUGUCAUCAACGAUGGGCUCGGCGACCGGUCAAACGACUUGAAAGUCAUCAUUCACUUUGACCAAUCACAGGAUUCUGCCAGUCUGAAGGUGCCUGCAUCCUGCACCCCUGCAGAGCUCAUGGAGGUGGCUGUGAGGAAGUGGCUUACCACCCAUGGGCCUGAAGAGGAGGCAUGGCGAGGACAAUAUGUCCUAAGAGCCAGCCAUUGCAUGGAGUUCCUCUGUGGAGACCACGCUCUGUGGCAAUAUAAGUAUAUACGCUCAUGCAUGCAGUCAAAGGAGUCUCCACAUCUCACCCUGGUCCACUCCAGCACAGUCAAGACCAUGUUUGAAAAGGAAAUUUCCACCAUUGGAGCAGUGGUCAGUCGCAAGACCUCCAACCCACCUUUACCUCUACCUCCCAAAAGACGGGUUCCUACGCAAGCACAGACUUGUGUGUGGAGCGUAUCAAGGCCAUUUAAGAUAGUUCUAGUGAAAGGCAGCAAGGUGAAUGCAGAGGAAACUGCUAAGGUACAGGUCAGGGCCGGGCUUUUUCACGGAACAGAGCUGCUGUGCAAACCAGCUGUAAGCAGUGAGAGCAGCGGGCGCUCGGAGCACACCUGGAAAGACAACUUGUUAGAAUUUGACAUCUCCGUCUGCGACCUGCCACGAAUGACACGCCUCUGUUUCGCCAUCUACGCUGUCAUGGAUAAGGUGAAGAAGCAGAAGUCCACUAAAAACGCUCAUCCAAACAAGUACCAGACCAUUCGCAAAGCAGGGAAAGUGCACUACCCAAUUGCCUGGGUAAACACCAUGGUGUUUGACUACAAAGGACAACUAAAGACCGGGGAUAUCAGCCUUUAUUGCUGGUCCUCAUUUCCUGAUGAACUUGAAGAGAUGCUGAACCCCAUAGGAACUAUUCAAACCAACCCAUACACUGAGAACGCCACAGCUCUGCACAUCAACUUCUUAGAGUACUCAUCUCACCCCAUCAUUUUCCCUCCCUUCGAUAAGAUCCUGGAAAAAGCUGCAGAGAUUGUUGGAGCGAGUGACUGUGCACCUAUGAGUCGUGGUGGUAAGAAGUUCAAUAUUGAACUUAAAGAGAUCAUGGAGCGGGAUCCCCUCUCUCAGCUGUGUGAGAACGAGAAGGAUUUGAUCUGGACACUACGCUGCGACUGUCGACAAAAUUUCCCUCAGUCACUGCCUAAGCUGCUACUCUCAGUAAAAUGGAGCAAACACGAAGACAUGGCUCAGCUGCAGGCGCUGCUUCAGAUAUGGCCCAAAUUGAGUCCAAGAGAUGCACUGGAGCUUCUGGAUUUUAACUAUCCUGAUCAAUACGUCAGAGAGUAUGCUGUGCGCUGCCUGUACGAUAUGAGUAAUGAGGAGCUGUCGCAGUACUUGCUACAGUUGGUGCAGGUGUUGCGUUAUGAGCCCUACUAUGACUGCGCCCUUACCCACUUCCUGCUGGAGCGAGCCCAGGGGAACCGUAAGAUAGGGCACUUCCUCUUCUGGCAUUUAAGGUCAGAAAUUCACAUGCCGGCUGUUUCAGUCCAGUUUUCCCUCAUCCUAGAAGCCUAUUGUCGAGGCAGCAUACCUCAUAUUGAGGUUCUAAAAAAACAGGUGGAAGCCCUAAGUAAGCUAAAGUCAGUCAAUGAGCUCAUAAAACUUGGAACAAUGAAGAAUGCUCGGGGUAAGACCAAGGAAGCCAUGUUGACCAAGGAGGCCAUGAUGACUUGCCUGAGGCAGAGCGGCUACUCGGAGACUCUCUCUGACCUGCACUCUCCUUUAGACCCCAGUGUCCUGCUGUCUGGCAUGAAUGUGGAGAAGUGUCGCUACAUGGACUCAAAGAUGAAACCGCUCUGGAUUGUUUACAACAACAAGCUGCUGGCAGGAGACACCCUGGGAAUCAUCUUCAAGAACGGUGAUGACCUAAGACAAGACAUGUUGACACUGCAGAUUUUAAAGUUAAUGGAUCUGCUGUGGAAGGAGGCUAAUCUGGAUCUAAGGGUUGUACCGUACGGUUGCCUAGCGACAGGAGAUCGAGCAGGGCUGAUUGAGGUUGUCUCAUCAUCUGAUACAAUCGCUAACAUCCAGCUGACCAGCAGCAACGUGGCCGCCACUGCAGCCUUCAACAAGGACGCUUUGCUCAACUGGCUCAAGGAACGCAACACUGGUGAUGCUCUUGAUCGGGCCAUUGAGGAGUUCACUCUGUCAUGUGCAGGCUACUGUGUAGCCACAUACGUGCUGGGCAUUGGAGACCGCCACAGUGACAACAUCAUGGUCCGUAGCACCGGACAGCUUUUCCACAUAGACUUUGGCCACAUACUGGGAAACUUCAAGUCAAAGUUUGGCAUCAAGAGGGAGCGUGUACCAUUUAUCCUCACGCACGACUUUAUCCACGUUAUACAACAGGGCAAGACUGGUUACACUGAAAAGUUUGGCAGUUUCCGUCAGUACUGCGAGGAGGCCUAUCUUAUCUUGAGGAAGAACGGUAACCUCUUCAUCACGCUGUUCGCCCUCAUGCUAACUGCUGGCCUACCUGAGCUCACCUCAGUCAAAGACAUCCAGUACCUGAAGGAUUCCCUGGCGCUCGGUAAGACGGAUGACGAGGCACUGAAGCAUUUCCGCCAGAAAUUUGACGAGGCUCUAAGAGAGAGCUGGACGACCAAAGUCAACUGGAUGGCCCACAAUGUGGCAAAAGACAACCGAUCCUAGAGCACCUUAAUGAAGGAGGAUGCGGGGAGAUAAAGGAGGGGCCUCCUAUUUCUACAGAAGACUCCAUCCUGACUUUAAACCUCACCUUCGCUCUCUGGUGCCUCCUGAACAGAAAGUGACAAAGUCGCUGCACCUUUUUUUUCUGCAGCCACACCAAAACAGAUGAAAUAUGUACCCAUUUGAUCCUGUAGCCCCGAUGGAUGAGCAGAAAUGAACAGGAAAAACACCUCCGGAGCUUAAAGAAAAGGUCAAAUUCUCUUAAAAGUCCAAUAAAUGCAGCUUUGACAGUGGAGCUCCAAGCGCAGCACAUUGCAUGUUUAAUAGAAACAUGUCUUCGUUCCACAUUAUUGAGACCAGCCAGAGUUUGUUCUUAUUUUUCGCUUGAAUCAGUUCGGAGUAUUAAACACUGGAAUAUUGCAGAAAGACGUGUGGGGGAUGAAAUAAAAGCUCAAAACGAGUCUUAAAAGGGGUACAAUGUCUGACAAACAGAACAAAAUCGCCAGGCCUCAGCCUGUUUGUUUUUUCUGUGUUGGUGUUGCAAAUGUGGUUCGCAUUACUUGCCAGCUAAAGUCUUAAGACACUGGAAAUUAUCAAAUGUUUAUUAUGUUUGUUUUCAUAGAUGUUUUAUUAAUUAAAGUUAUUUUCCACUGUG